AUGGAAGAGACCAAAGCUACUGUGGACCAUAUUCAUCUACCUAUUACUGGUGUUAAACUGGCUGGGAUUUCUAAUUACACUCUAUGGGUACAAGCUGUACAAACCUAUCUGUAUGCCAAGGAUAAGGUCCAGCAUCUCACUGAAGAUCCUCCUUCUUAUGACCCUAAAGAUAAGACUUCCACUGCUGCCUACACUACUUGGAUGCGUGAUAACUCCACUGUUAAAAUCUGGUUAUGGAAUAGUAUGGAACCAGCCAUUGUUUCUAAUGUUAUGUAUCACUCCACAGCCAAAGGAGUAUGGACUGAUCUUCGUGGGACAUAUUCCCAAGCCAAGAAUGUGUCUCGUAUUUAUGAAAUAUAUGAGAAACUAUUUACACAUAAGCAAGGGGAUAGGUCUCUCAGUGAAUUCUUUGGCAGUUUUAAGGGACUUAUUGAGUGUCCUCAUGCCUCUCUUAGAUAG